GCUAACUUUAAUAUUCCGAAUGACUAUUAUUUCCGGUUAUAAGCAAAACACACAGACGAAAUUCGAAAAUGACAGUGAUGAGUGUCUGGAUAUAUUGCAGCUGAUCAGUGAUACAAAACAGUGAUGGGUAACCAGCUGACAGGGAUAGCACCAUCUCAGAUCCAACCAGUGGAACAGUACCUCAAUGAUAUAGCAGAAUAUGAGUUUGAAACAAGCCUUGGAAGCACCAGAUUUUUCAAGGUAGCUAGAACCAAUACAAAGGAAGGAUUGGCGGUGGUCAAAGUGUUCGUUAUACAUGAUCCAUCACUCCCACUCGCAGAGCACAGAACCAAGUUAGAGGAUAUCCGUCUCCAGCUACAUGGAACAUCAAACUGCUUACCUUUCCAAAAGGAUGUGCAAUCGGACAAGGCAGCCCUGUUGUUUCGCCAGUACAUCAAGGACAGUCUGUAUGACCGCAUCAGCACCAGGCCGUUCCUAAACAGUGUGGAGAAGAAAUGGCUGGCCUUCCAGUUGUUAUGUGCCCUGAACCAGUGCCACAAAUUGAAGGUGUGUCACGGAGACAUCAAGGCGGAGAAUGUGAUGGUGACGGGCUGGAACUGGUUACUACUCACCGACUUCGCCAGCUAUAAACCAACAUACUUACCCGAGGACAACCCAUCUGACUUCUCGUACUUCUUUGACACGUCACGACGACGAACAUGUUACAUUGCUCCAGAGAGGUUUGUUGAGGGAGGUCUGAAGAACCUUGAGAGUGGAGGUCAGACCGGUAACCUUGACCUUGCCUCUACCAGUGAGGUCAAGGCUGGUGAGCUUACCCCUGCCAUGGACAUUUUCUCAACGGGGUGUGUGAUAACAGAACUGUUCACAGAAGGCACAGCCCCAUUCGACCUCUCACAGCUGUUGUCCUAUAGACAUGGCGAGUACAGCCCCUGGAAAGUCCUGGAGAAGAUAGAAGACACUAGCAUUAGGGACAUGGUGCGUCACAUGAUAAAAAAGAACCCCGCCCACCGUAUGUCUGCGGAGGAGUACCUUAUCCAGCAGAGAGGCAAGGCAUUUCCUGAAUACUUCUACACAUUCCUUAAACUCUACGUACAGAGAUUUGCCACUGUUCCUAUACUUCCUCCAGAUGACCGCAUUAACAGAUUGAAGAGAGACUAUGAUCUAAUUGUGAAGAGCCUAGGUUUGGAUGAGAACAAUCCUGACCAAAAUACCGGACUUGUCCUCAUUAUAUGUCUGUUGGCCUCCAGUGCUCGGAAAUUACACUUUUGCAGUUCCAAGCUGAUUGCUCUAGAGUUAUUGCUGAAGUUUUCCAAGUUUCUCACCCCAGACGUCACUCUUGAUAGAAUCAUUCCAUAUAUGUUAUUUUUUACUAAUGACCGGUCGGCCCGCGUGAGAGCGGAGACCAUCCGAGCUAUUACACAGUGUCUGGUUGGAAUCAAGUCUGUCCCUCGAAGUGACGCUAAUGUUUUCCCAGAGUAUAUAUUUCCUAAUUUGACACAUCUGACCCAAGACACUGCGACCAUGGUGAGAGCUACAUAUGCAGAGAAUAUUGCUCAGCUGGCUGAGACAGCUCUAGGUGUACUAGAGAUGAUGCAGCUAAAAGAACUUGAGGAAAGCAUUGAGGACGAGAACGUAGAUUCUGAGGGCGCCCUCUUCCAGGCGAGUUACGACAUGGAGCUGCUGUCACUACAGGAGACAAUACAACAGAAGGUGGUCAUGUUACUCAGUGACUCGGACAACGUCGUAAAGCAGGCUCUCCUGGAGAAUGGUAUCACCCGACUCUGUGUGUUCUUCGGCCGACAGAGAGCUAAUGAUGUUCUGUUAUCACACAUGAUAACCUUCCUCAACGACAAGACUGACUGGCACCUUCGUGGAUCAUUUUUCGGUAACAUAGUGGGCGUGGCAGCGUACGUCGGCUGGCAGAGCUCCUCUAUCCUGAAACCUUUACUGGAACAGGGCCUGAGUGAUCCAGAGGAGUACGUGGUACAUAAAAGUCUGGGUGCCCUGAAGUCUUUGACAGAACUGGGACUGAUACAGAAGACUAUGCUUCAGGAAUUUCUACACGACAUAGUGCCCUUUCUGGCCCACCCUGGUAUCUGGAUCCGCCAGGGAGCUGUCGGUUUUAUAUCUGCCCUAUCUAAGACUUUUAACAUCGCAGAUAACCACUGUAAACUGCUGCCCAGUCUCCAGCCCUUCCUUAACCAACCCAUUCUACAAGUGGACAAGGAGAUGUACCUGUUAAAUGCACUGUCUGAGCCCGUGCCCAGACCGGUGUUUGACUAUGUGCUGAGAUCUAACACACUUGAACGCCUGUUUGACAUGCUCCAGAAGAGGCAGUACAUGAGGAGACAUGGACACAAGCUGUCCUACCCUGAACUGGACGAAACCAUGUCACUGAUUUUCAGGAAGCUGAUAUCAUUUGGUAUGACUGAAGCACAUGAAGACAAAAUAUUUGCUAUGAAGGAGUAUAUUUUGAAACUACACCGGGCCAGAGCUGGAACGUCAGAAAAUAGUAGUUCCAAUGAUUCGAGUGAUGGUUUUAAGUCCGGAAGGUUAUCUAUAGUGGGUAUGGGGAGGAGUAUUACUCGCAGACACGCUGACCUACUCAAACCGAAGGAAAACAAGGGAGACAAUCCUGCAACACCUCCAAGAAGGAAGAAAAAGAUCCCAGCAGUUGAACCAUCUGUUGCCAUGAAUGCUGAGUGGAAGAGCAUGUUUGGUUCCAACGAUUCUGCAAUGUCACCAAGCUCUUCUCCAAAGCUGAAAUCGUCCAUGAAGUACGAAACCCAGGACAAGCGGUCUGUACUUACAGCGAGUGGUAUCAGCCAAUCAUCUUCCUCCUCCUCUGGUAGCUUUGUUACCAUGUCACCAGGGCAGGUAACCCUGUCAGACUCGUCCAAAUCAACAAUGUCACAAAACCCAGAGAAAAGCGCCUAUACGAGAUACCAUCCAUGUAAGCUAGACCUACGUAACCUUGUCCACAAGCGACGGGACCAAUACUCUGCAGACGUACUGACCAAGGACCUGCUGGAGAACAUCGCCUGGGAGAGCCGACCCCCACCCAGUAACUGGAAACCCAAGGGACUCCUAGUGGCUCACAUGCAUGAACACAGAGCAGCUAUCAACAGGAUACAAGUGUCACAUGACCACCUAUACUUCGCUACUGGAUCAAACGAUGGGAAUGUGAAGAUUUGGGAGUGUGAGAAACUUGAAGGCAAAAGUGUGGCGAACAGGUCCAAACAGACUCUCAACAAGCAAGGUGGCCACAUAAAGAGUUUAGUGUUUUGUGAAGGCUCUUUGUCCCUCGCCUCUGCCUCAGACAACGGAACUAUAUACGUUUAUAGAAUUGAAACGGGGAAGGCAAAUCUGAUACAUGACAUCGCAGUCAGCAAGGAGGACUUCGGACAAGUAGUGGACAUCACACACUUUGAUACCGGUGCCCAGUCUGUUUUGGCCUAUGCCACCGUUAAUGGCUACCUGAUUGGCUGGGACCUCCGCUGUAAUGAGGAGGUGUGGCGACUAAAGAACGACCCUAAAACAGGUCUGAUCUCAUCCUUUGCGGUACACCACUCACAAUGUUGGCUGGCUGUGGGGACUAGUAGUGGCACACAUGUGUGCUGGGAUCUGAGGUUCCAGCUCCCCAUAACAUCUAUCACUCAUCCCACUGGGGCCCGAGUCCGCAAACUUAUCGUCCACCCCAAAGAACAGUCCUGGAUCAUAUCUGCCACUCAAGGCAACAACGAGGUGUCCAUGUGGGACGUGGAGACAGGUGCCAGACAAAAGGCCCUCUGGGCCAGCACGGCUCCUCCUCUCUCUCAAAACCAGACUAGUAGUCAUUCCAUCUACGGUAUGCACAUGGCCGUGACCGACAACAAUGUGUUUAUGUUGACUGGUGGUUCAGACAUGAGGGCACGCUUCUGGGACAUCACAUACCCGGCCAACUCCUUCAUACUAGCCUCCGCGGCAGGCGACAACCAGCACACAGGGGCCAGCUACCGAUCAAGGUUAAUAGACGGUACGGAGGUAAUACAGGAAACCUACACUAAGAAGCAGGUGAGUAACGAUGACAUUCCCCGACGUGGUCCGGAGGCCCCGUCACAAGGCCACCAUGACAUCAUCAGUGACAUCAAUCUUUGUCAGACCUCUCAGUGUCUCGUCAUCACAGCUUCACGAGACGGAGUCGUCAAAGUCUGGAAAUAGGGAAAUCACAUCGGCAAAGUGUCAUAGAAAUCUGGAAAUGAGGAUAGCAAAUUGUCAUCAAGGGUUUGUGGGACAGAUUCAUCUAGAGCCUGAAACCAGAUGUAUGGUUGUAAUAAAAGCCCCAUGUGAUCAGGACAAUGACCUCGAUGGCUUGAAAUGUCCAAACAACUUUUAUGUAUAUUCUGCUUUUCCAUGAAGUGCUGUCAAUAAGUUCAGUUUAUUUAAGAGGCCUGAAGGACAUGUGCAAUAGGUAUUAAGGAGGCUGUGACACACAGUGUAUUGAGUGUUGUGUACUAAUGUUACUACAAGUAAGAACAGUAUAUUAAACACUUCCUUGAUGGUUAGGGUAAUAUGGACCAUACUGACGAGAGAGUUUAUCAUGGAAACAUAGGUUUAUCUACGAAUCUGACUGUGAUAAUGAUUGCUGUGUUACAGCAGCACGUGUUCGUUGUGUCAAUUAUUUGAUCUUCACAGGUAAAAUCUAUAUAUAUACUCCAUGUUUGUUUUACUCAUCACAUGGGCAUUACAAUUUGUAUAGGAUGCUGUUUACUCCUUAACACCACCAGAAUAAAAACAAUCUUCUUAUUGAGGGCAAACCUGGUGAAAGGUUGAGCUGUGGUAAAUAUUGUUCAGUAAUAGUUAGUCCUGUUAGUGAUGAAUAUAUUUUGUAAAAAUAAUAGAAUUCAACUUGUGAGAUAUGAUAUGGAGUUUUUUUCACAUUUUUGUGGAUAAAACUUGGUUUGAUGUGCAGAGAAAAGGUUUUUAGUUUACAUUCAUGCAUGAUAAGGAAAUACACUUUUGUUAUGUGAUUUAUAGUGAAAAACUCCUGUGGGAAACACUGAGUAAAAAGUAUCAACUUUACUUUGAAUAAAGUUUGGAAAAAAUGGAAUCAAAGUAUGUUCUUUGUAAGUGGGACAGUAGCUCUACUAGGCUAAUAAUACUUUUUUUUAAAAGAUGAAGUAAAAAUACAUUAAAUCUUGUGAAAAUUACAUAUGUUAGAUAUGUGUAAUGAAAUUUUGAAGUGUGAAAGUAAUUCAAUGGUGAAGAAAGUUUGUGAGGAAGUUCUUAAUACAUGUACUUGUAUUUGGUAAAGAAUUUGGUAAACAAUAGAGCUUGUGUGAUUGAAUAAUAAACACUGUACAGUGAAUAUAAGCUGAUGGUGAAGAAAGAUAGUGAGAAAGUCAUUAGUAUGUACUUGUAUUUGGUGAAGAAUAGAGCUUGUGUGCUUGAAUAAUAAACACUGUACAGAGAAUAUAUAGCUGAUGGCGAAGAAAGAUAGUGAGAAAGUUAUUAGUAUGUUCUUGUAUUUGGUGAAGAAUAGAGCUUGUGUGCUUGAAUAAUAAACACUGUACAGAGAAUAUAUAGCUGAUGGCGAAGAAAGAUAGUGAGAAAGUUAUUAGUAUGUACUUGUAUUUGGUGAAGAAUAGAGCUUAUGUGAUUGAAUAAUAUAUUCUGUACAGUGUAUAUAGAGCUGAUGGUGAAGAAAGUUAGAGAGAAAGUUAUUAGUAUGUACUUGUAUUUGGUGAAGAAUAGAGCUUAUGUGAUUGAAUAAUAAACACCGCACAGUGAAUAUAUAGCUGAUGGUGAAGAAAGAUAGUGAGAAAGUUAUGAGUAUGUACUUGUAUUUGGUGAAGAAUAGAGCUUGUGUGAUUGAAUAAUAAACACUGUACAGUGAAUAUAAUCUGAUGGUGAAGAAAGAUAGUGAGAAAGUCAUUAGUAUGUACUUGUAUUUGGUGAAGAAUAGAGCUUAUGUGAUUGAAUAAUAAACACCGCACAGUGAAUAUAUAGCUGAUGGUGAAGAAAGAUAGUGAGAAAAUUAUUAGUAUGUACUUGUAUUUGGUGAAGAAUAGAGCUUGUGUGAUUGAAUAAUAAACCCUGGACAGUGAAUAUAAGCUGAUGGUGAAGAAAGAUAGUGAGAAAGUUAUUAGUAUGUACUUGUAUUUGGUGAAGAAUAGAGCUUGUGUGAUUGAAUAAUAAACCCUGGACAGUGAAUAUAAGCUGAUGGUGAAGAAAGAUAGUGAGAAAGUUAUUAGUAUGUACUUGUAUUUGGUGAAGAAUAGAGCUUAUGUGAUUGAAUAAUAAACACUGCACAGUGAAUAUAUAGCUGAUGGUGAAGAAAGAUAGUGAGACUCUAUGAGUAAUAUGUACCUGUAAGCUGUUCCUUGUUUUUUAAGAAAGAUGUAAAAUGGUGCAGUUAGUAAAUGUGACUUUUAUGAAAUAAAUGCUCACUUCAGAUACAG